AUGCCGUCGCUCUCUUCGAAGCUGAGGGGCAUGCUUCACCCUGAGCAUCACGCAAAAUCGAGAUCGCAGCCGCCAGGAGCCGAGGUCGAGCCUGCUAAAAGACCGGUUCUUGUGGAAAAAUCGCUCUCAGGCUCUACGAGGAGCUCUGCAUUGAGUCGUGAGACCAACAAGUCCGACUACGUGUUGGACGUCUUAAAAUCUACGUUCCAGCUAAAGCAUUUCAAAACUGUCAAAGAUGUCGCUUUGCAGCAACUCGAUGGCGAGCCUAUCGACGACAAGACUUACCUCAUGGAACGUAUCGUCCAACUGGCCGCAGACUUGCCAAUGUCGAGUAGAACGAGCGCAACCCUGACAAACGCAUUCCUGAAUCAGCUAUGGACGGAUCUAAAGCAUCCUCCGCAGUCGUAUUUGGGAGCUGAUUACAUCUACCGCAAAGCCGACGGGAGCAACAACAACAUCCUCUGGCCGGGCCUGGGUGCCGCCAAACAACCCUAUGCGAGAACGGUACGCCCUCGACUCAUGCAACCCGUCGCACGGCCUGAUCCCGCGCUCAUCUUCGACGUGCUCCUGACUCGGAAGAAGUUCAAGCCACACCCAAACAAGAUCUCCAGCGUUUUGUUCUACGUGGCGUCGAUCAUCAUCCAUGACAUCUUUCGCACCAACCAUGACGACUUCAGUAUAUCCGACACUUCGUCGUACCUGGAUUUGGCACCCCUCUAUGGUAGUUCCAUAGAGGACCAACACGCCGUCCGGACAAUGCGCGAAGGAAAGCUGAAGCCCGACUGUUUCUCGGAUGUCCGAAUCUUGGGUUUCCCGCCUGGUGUUGGUGCUUUGCUCAUCAUGUUCAGCCGUUUCCAUAACCACGUAGCAGAAAACCUUGCUCGCAUCGACGAAGGCGGCCGCUUCUCCAACAUCCUGCACCCUCCAGACAGAGCAAAGCCCGCUGAUGCAGAAAAGCUUCACGACGAGGCGCUCUUCCAGACCGCAAGAUUGGUCACCGGCGGUCUUUACGUUAACAUCAUUCUCAAAGAUUAUGUGAGAACCAUUCUCAACUUGAACCGAGCAGAUACUCUAUGGAAUCUCGAUCCCAGAUCCGAGGAAGGCAGUGCGGUUUUCGGCCACGAGAUACCAGAAGCCACUGGCAAUUCUGUCUCGGCCGAAUUCAAUCUUGUCUACCGCUGGCACUCCUGUGUCUCCGAGAGAGAUGAGCAAUGGACAAAGGAUGCGUACACAAGGCUGGUGGGGACCGAGUCUCCGCUCUCAAUGGACAAAUUCUUGCGUGCUCUGAACGAAUGGGCCGUCAGCUUAAGUCCAGACCCAAUGAAACGGGACUUUGCCGGCUUGCAACGGCUACCUGAUGGCAGCAUUCGCGACGAAGACCUCGCCAGUAUAUGGACGGCUUCCGUGACCGACGUAGCAGGUAGCUAUGGUGCAAACCAUGUUCCAGAGGUCCUCAAGAACAUCGAGGUGCUGGGGAUCAUGCAAAGCCGGUCGUGGAACUUGGCGAGUCUGAAUGAGUUCCGACAAUACUUCAAGCUAGAGCCUCACAAGAAAUUUGAAGAUAUCAAUCCUGACCCGCUGAUUGCCCAGCAACUCCGCCGCCUCUACGGUCAUCCUGAUAAUGUCGAGAUCUAUCCUGGUGUUGUUGUCGAGGCGGCCAAGGAGCCGAAGCUGCCCGGGAGCGGCCUCUGCACCAAUUUCACGACCUCAAGGGCAAUUCUUUCUGAUGCUGUCGCACUGGUUCGUGGCGACCGAUUCUAUACUGUUGAUUAUUCGCCGAAUAAUUUGACAAACUGGGGCUUUAAUGCAGCCAACUACGAUUUGGACAUCAACUAUGGCUGCGUGUUCUACAAGUUGGUGCUUACUGCGUUGCCCAAGAACUAUGCUAAGAACUCCAUCUUUGCGCACUAUCCUUUGGUUGUCCCAGAAGAAAACAAGAUCAUUCUGGCUAAGCUGAAGAAGGCCGAUCUCUACAAUUUCGACGUGCCCACUGGUACUUUGCAACAUGCUACUGAAGUUCACAAGGGUGUGACGAAGGUGCCCGCUUCUCCGGCACAAGGCAAUGCUCCAGGGCUUCAUCUCGGUCUUGUCCUGUUCGACUAUGAAGGGUUACCGGAAGCUGCAGGAGCAUUUUACAACAACAUCAUUACUAAGCUGCUGCAGAGCGAAUGUUACGAGCUUGCCGGCCGACAAUAUGUGGAUGUGGUGCGGGACGUUUUCAAUAUCGCUCACGCCAAGUUUGUUAGCGAUCUGCUUCCCCUGCCACAACGCAGUGCACCCGAUCUUAUUGCUUUGCUGUCCACAAUCCAUGGCCAUACGAAUGCACGACAACCUGCCCAGCGGUUUGUGCUCAUGAACACAGAUGUGAAAGCAAGGCACCUGUUUAUGAGUCUUGUGCAAGAACAGGCGAGCCGUGCCGUCAAGGACCACCAUGGCCAUCACUUAGACUCGGCGGGGCUCCUUCGACGGUAUGGUCUGCAAGCAACACAGGCAGUGGCCCAGAAAGGGAUGUCUCCCGAAGAGAUAGCAUCUGCUCAAAUUGUGCCUCUAGCGGCCUUGAUGUUUGUCAGUCAGGCGCGAAUCUUUGCUGAGGUCCUUGAUCACGUCCUCGCGGCAGGUGAGGGGCAAUCACCGCUCGAUGCACUCAAAGAGCAGUCGGACACCAGCGUGCUCUCGAAGAUAAUCAGCUCUCACAUUGACAGAGACACACUGGAAGGUAAGCUGGCAGCAACCACAGUCGAAGUCACCCUCAGAGCCAUGGGUAAUCUCAAGAAGCUGAACCGCGCAGCUGGGUCGACAGGUAGGCUCCGACGCGUGGGCGAGGGUGAAGAGACCAGCUACCUCAAUGUGGAAGAAAGCACAUUCUCGAUGUACCCGGUUUCCAUGAUCGUAAGUUGGGAGGCCAUUUGA